UUACCACUUCACCAACACCAAUCAUACCACCACCCUCGACCCCCUAACCACCGCCUCAAAACUAGACAAAUUCUACAAGGACUUUAUAUCAGUCAACGGCACAACCCCAGAAUCCUUCCUCCACCCCCCCUUCGGGAACCUCGGCGACGCAGCCUUCAUCGCAGCAUACGACCACCUAACCGCCGCAUAGCGCCUAGACCAAAUGGACGUCUCCCCACAAGACCGACCCCUCUUCGAAGCCGCGCUGCAAAUGUUUGGGCUCGCCAGGCCCGAGGGGACGGGGUUCCUCAAUGUUGUUCGGUACAUCGCGAGCAACGACGCCGGCAUAAAGCUUCUAGAAAAGGGCGGGACGUAUUCCCUCGGUGGAGGGGGCACCACCGCCCUAGCGAGAUCCAAAUUCGCGGAUUUCACAGGUGACGUCCACUUUCGUUCACCGGUGGCGGGUAUCUCGCAGGACGGUGCUGAUGGUCUGGUCCGGGUUACUACGCGAGACGGGAGGACGGUGUCGGCGCGGUAUGUCGUGAAUACCAUGCCCCUCAAUGUCCUCUCCACCAUCACCUUCUCGCCGCCUCUCUCGGGUUUUGGGAGAGAGGUCGUGGAUAGGGGACACGUGGGACGCGGGGAAAAAGUGAUUCUCGCGCUUGAAGAUGGGAGUGUCUCGCGUCCUUUCUUCGCGAGCGCCGCCAGCUCUGCUACCUCGUCCUCAUCGGGGUGUGAUUUCUUAGCUAGUUUCCCCAAGGCGAUUUCCCUCACAGACGGAAGCAUCUCCCACGCCGUCGGAUUCCUGGCAUUGAGUACCGAAAAUCCAGACCUGACGACCGCGGCCUCCUCUGAGAAGAUCCUUCGUUCGUACGAGACUUUGGUCCCGGGAGCUAAAGUCGAGAAGUACUCUAUUCACGACUGGCGGUCUGAUACGUUUGCGAGGGGCACGUGGGCUUGUCUCCCUGCCGGGGUCGAGGACGGCAAGUACUGGGAUGAGUUGAGAAGGGGUCAUGGGAAUGUGGUGAUGGCGAGCGGGGACUAGGCCGUGGGAUGGAGGGGGUUUAUUGAUGGGGCUGUUGAGCAGGGGAUUGUUGCUGCGCAGAGGGUGAAGGGAUUUCUUAGGGGUGUAGAGGUGUAGGGGCUUUGAUUUGUUUUGCGGCUUCUGGUAGAUUUGAAAGUUGAUUUAUGGGCGAGGCAGAUAAUCGGAGCUUGGAUAAGUGAAUAGGAAGUAUUAACAGGGUCAACUCCACUGGGUUAUACUUGGGUUUUCUAUCU